CAUAAGGGUGCGCUUUAGUCGCAGGCUAAGCGCCGCAGAUUUCGCGCGGGGCGGGUGUUGUCAUUGGAUUUUUACGUGACAAAAGUGAAUUUUCGUAGAAAAUUUGACAACGAAUCGCGUGAAAAUGCCGCCGAAAAAGCGGGAAAAAGAAGUGGAUGGACAAAAAGGUCCUCGAAUGGAUCAAAUACAAGCAGACCAUGAGCUCUUCCUACAGGCCUUCGAAAAGCCAACCCAAAUUUAUCGAUUUCUUCGCACAAGAAACCAAAUUUCACCAAUAUUUCUAUAUAGAAAUUUAACUUACAUGAGGCAACGUAUGUCCAGAAGCCAUAAGUCUCGACGAGGAUUUAAAAUUGAUAUGAUAUUGGAAAAAUUAAUGUUGAAAAAUAAUCAAGAAGAAAACCCAGGUGUUCGUGGAUAUAUGACUCUUACUUUUCUAGGUUUUUAUGAUAAAAAAGUUGAAACACCUCAAGAUCCUGUAAAAGUGGAAACAUUAUUAUUGAAAAUAUGUCAUAAGAAACGAAAAGAUGUGAGUUCACCAAUUAUGCAGGUUUCUGUUGGUACAAGUGAAGUUCCAAUCAAUCCUUGUGAAAAUCAACCCCCUCCAAAAGCACCUACUAUAUCUAUACCUAAUGAAUCUUUCAGUUUAAAUAAUGGUCAUGUAGCAAAAACUUAUAUGCUUUUACUUAGAGUAUAUUGUACAUCCAGUACUGGCUGCCUUAUGCAUAACUGUGAUUUAGAUGAACCAGCUCAAAAGCGUCGUAAAUCCUCCACGGGUUCAAUUAAGUCUGGAGGAGAGGAAAUAAAAUUGUAUGGUUCUGAACUGAUAGUAUAUGAUAAGCACAACCGAUGUUUAUUAACUGAUGGAGAUUAUGAACUAGGUUUACAAGAAGUACAAACUAAUAUUCGAUCUAGCCCAAAGAAGCAUAGCUCUUGGGAGUCUGUACCUGACAUCAAAGAAUGUGGCCCUUUUGAAGUAUUUAGCAAAGGUCCAACGUUAAAAUUUAGGCUUAAUUGGACAACUGAACCAAGCAAUGGUUUAGUUGAUAGACCAGCUCCAAUUCAUCCAUUACCAAAUGGUGAUAAUAAGGAAAAUCGAUCAGGAAAUACUGGUCUAGAACGUUCUUCCACAAAUAAUAAUAAUAAUAAUAAUAAUAAUAAUAAUAAUAACAACAACAACAACAACAAUAAUAGUAAUAACAAUAACAACAACAAUAACUCUACACUGCCAACACCUAGUCCUCUUAAUUCUUCAAGAAUGACGACAUCUAGUGAAAAAACAGAUACUGUCAUGGGUACACAGCAAAUAGUUUAUCAGUUCCUGUAUAAUAAUAAUAGUCGGCAACAAACAGAAGCUUGUGAAGAUUUACAUUGUCCAUGGUGCUCAUUAGAUUGUGGAAAACUUUAUUCACUUUUAAAACACUUAAAAUUAUGCCAUUCGCGAUUUACAUUUACAUAUGUGCCAAUUCCACAAGGUGCUCGCAUAGAUGUAGCAAUAAAUGAAUGUUAUGAUGGCUCUUAUGCUGGUAGUCCUCAUGAAUUAAUUUCGCAACCAUCAAAUGUAGCAUUUUCAAGAACAGGACCGACAAGACGAACAAGUGUAACAAAUAUUUUAGUAUGUCGUCCAAAAAGAACUAAACCAAGUCUUUCUGAAUUUUUAGAACUCGAUGAAAAUGAAUAUGAAAGCCAGAGACCUUAUAUUACAGGGCAUAAUAGGUUGUAUCAUCAUACUGUUACAUGUUUACCUAUAUAUCCAAAAGAAAUGGAUAUUGAUUCUGAAGGAGAAAAUGAUCCAAAAUGGUUACAAACAAAAACAAGAAUGAUGAUUGAUGAUUUUACAGAUGUGAAUGAAGGAGAAAAAGAACUUAUGAAAAUGUGGAAUUUACAUGUCAUGAAAUAUGGAUAUGUAGGAGACUGCCAAAUACCAUUGGCUUGCCAAAUGUUUCUAGAAACUAAAGGAAAGGAAUUGCUCAUGAAAAAUUUAUAUCGUAAUUUUGUUUUACAUAUGUGUAGUUUGUUUGAUUUUGGUCUAAUUAGUCCUGUGGUUUUAUAUCAAACAAUACAAAAAUUACAAGAAAUCAUGAAAGAAGGAGGCGAAGAUAGUGAUAUUCGAAAAGUUUUACAAAAAUCUCAUGAAGCUCAAGUUGAAAAAUGGCUUAAUUCAGGCUGUCAUGCAUCUUUAGAUACUAAACAAAAUAAUACAAAUACUAAAGAAAAUUUAAAUAUUGAAGGAUUAAAUUCUAAUGGUAUAGAGUGAUGAGGAUUGACUUUUUUUAGAUACCACAAUAUAAAGUGUUCGCUUCGAUUCCGGUGACGAGGUUUUUAGGAAAAUUGAAGAUGAAAUGAUAAUUGAAAGAUGCAUUAUUUGUAAUCUUAAGAAGGAAAUAUUUUCCUUCAUUUGCGAAGUUAUGAAUAGUAGAAAAUUUGUUUGCAAAUUUGUUUCCUCGAAGGAAAAUAUCUAUCUUUAGAUAUUUGAACAUAUAAAGAAUAUAAUCCUAGUCACCGAAUCCUGAGCGUACUAGGUAACAUGAAGAACAAGAAUACGUAGAAGACGUCUGCCGCUUGUACUUGCUAUUACUCUAGUAGGUGUCGGAUAAGACUGACUUUAUUGGAAAAAAAAACCUCUUUUUAUACACGAACGGGUAACAGCAUUUGACCAAUCGAUAUGGUCAAAAUAUCGCGCGUUCGAGUGAGAUGAAUCGCUUUCGUCUCUCGUCUUUUACCCGCAUUCGUGCAGGCCGCGUCUUGUUCAACUGCUUAUUUCUACAUUUAUUUCUACAUAUAUGUAUAUACAUUUAAUUUAUUCAAUAAUAUAUGUUAAAUUUACAUAUAACUACAUUUUGAAGGAAAUCAAGGUCAUUGGAUAAAUAUUGUAUAUUCAUGAGAUAAUAGAUUAUUCUUUUACAUGAUAAAACAGUUGUACCUCCUAUGUAAUAUUAAUUUAAAUUAUAAUCUUAUAGAUUAAUGAAUAAAUUUAAUAUCUGAAGUUAAUACAAAACUGGGAAAAUUAGCACAUAAUCUCUUAAAAUAUGGGACCUUGAUAAAAUUACUUCAGAUAUUUCUUAUAAACUCAAUUUAAUAAACUGAGGCUGUAAAUUAUAGGUUUUACCCCAAAGUAAGGAAUGAACUGUUAUAAAAAAAGUGCCUUUGUAAAGCGAGAAAAUCUGAAUGUGAGAGUGACUUUCGCCAAUAUAUGACCUUUACAUUAAGUAUUUGUGCUCAUUUAUAAUGCGUUAAAUGUUUGUAUGUUUUUUUAUUUUUAGUAAAGAUUUCUUUGUCGAUUGUCAUUCUUUCAGAUAAACUUAUAGACGAAAUUUAGUAAGUUACAGUAAGUUUAUUCUCUGUGUAUAUAUAAUAUACACAAUUUUACUGCCGAUAAUCGUUCGAAGAAACAAUUACAUUCCCAAGAUAUUUCUAUAUGUAAAAUGAAAUCUUAUUCAAUUUUUAAGUAUUAAUUUCUAGUAAUGUUCUCUUCGAACGACUUAGAUCACUGUCCAUUAAUACUUAUGCUAGGUUGUAAAUAAAAAAUACAAUAAACAUAGAAAUAUUAUAAUUUAAA